CGUAAUAUCAAGAAUGUUAAAUUAAGUUGCAUAUCUAACCUGACUUUAAGCAACGAAUACAAUGUUUUAUUGUGUAAUGUCAGCAGAUAUAUGUUAAAUUCACAAUAGUUUGCAUUGAAUUUUUUCUGAGGUGUUGUCAAAAAGUCACAUAGCUUCAUAAUUCGAUACAGUGAGUGUGUCUUUUACGAAAAUUAACAUAAAGUGCAUUUACCAUUUAUAUAUCGCCAUUUAGUUUACAAAUACCUAGCAAACCAUUGUUUAUAUGUGGUUUCCGUUGCUCAAAUUCCUUGAUUAUUUUCGUUGUGGGAAACUUUUUCGUAUCUUUAUAAAAGCGACUGCAACUUUUUAAAUAUCCUUCAAGUGAUGCGGACACUUCUGUAAGUUGCGUAUUAUUAAUGUAGCCGGUUUUUGUGUUAGAUACAUUGUAAAGUGCGAGAAGGCGGAACUUUUCUCGUUUGUUGUGAAGUUUGUCUGGUUAAAUGGGUUUGGCUCUUGCACGGUGAGAGGGAUGGACACUAGUUUUGGUCCUGCAGCUGAGGAAGAGAGACUGGCACUUUUAUUCAAUCUUUGGUACUUUGGAGAUGAACAUAGAUGCACUAUUGAAAAACAAUUGGAGAGACCCGAACCUACAGUAGCGAUUUUACAAUGAACUUUUAAGGGAAUGUGCUCAAACAAUUCCAUUUGUAUAGGAAAGAAACUCAAAGAAUGUUAUGAGGCCUUCUCGGCUCAGCCCGGCAGUUGCGCAGUUGGAACACUGUGGUCCUGUUAACAGCAAUGAUAAGGAAUACCUGUCGUGCGUAAACCAGCAUUUAAAUCAAGCGAUUCAAAUAGAAGACCUGAAGAUGUGCAGCUCUUUUGAAUCUCCGGUCUCAGUAGCAGCAGACGAUCUUGACUUGGUCUGUUGCAUGGAUAGAGCCGUUGUGUCGUACAUCAGUGGAGUGAAAAGCGACACAUCCUCGGUUGGAAGUAACAUACAUCAUGACCCUGAUACAUUGUCCUCCUUCUUAUUCUCCUCUUCUUCGUCUUUUAGCACCUUUUCUCCAUCUUUCUCUUCUCCUUCUUCCAGCCAUUCCUCAGGCACCGUGUCCGAGUUUCAGUUGACGUCUCCAUCUCUUUCCACUCUCUGCGGUCCACCUGAGGGCCAGGACCUUCUCUUCAAUUGUACGCAACAGGAGCAACCUCCAGAAAGGUGUCUGUUUCCCAAGUCUCCCAAGUUAGAACAUGUUUCUAAAUAUCAUAUUUGUAGGAAUAUAUGUAAGAAGCAUCUGCACUUCGAAAACAAAGAAAAACUGCUUCAGUAUCUCUGCACUGACUCGAACAAAGACAAGGAGGGAACUCAGCACUUUAAUGUUCACAAUAGUGAUGCCAAAGAACUUUCUACGCUACAACAAGACAAGAAUACUUUGGGACCUAGCAGGUUUAUUGGAGAUGGUGGAAUAAAUGGGCAUCAAAGUGAUGGACAGCCGUGUCAGUGGAUGGAUUGCAGGGCUACUUAUGGGCGGAAAGAAGAACUGGUGAGACACAUAGAGAAGGUUCACAUAGACCAGAGGAAAGGAGAGGACUUUACUUGCUUCUGGGCCGGAUGUGUCCGUCGACACAAACCCUUCAAUGCUCGAUACAAGCUGCUCAUUCACAUGAGAGUCCAUUCUGGUGAGAAACCAAACAAGUGCAUGUUUGAGGGAUGCAACAAAGCAUUUUCCCGUCUGGAGAACUUGAAGAUCCACCUACGCAGCCACACUGGAGAGAAACCUUACAUAUGCCAACAUCCUGGCUGUUUGAAAGCCUUCAGCAAUUCCAGCGAUCGGGCCAAACACCAGCGUACACACUUGGACACUAAACCAUAUGCGUGUCAGCUCCCAGGUUGCACCAAACGCUACACGGACCCCAGUUCCCUGCGCAAACACGUCAAAGCCCACUCCGGUAAAGCCCUGCAGACACAGGACAAGGGCCAGCUACGCAAUAAGGUGGAGCAGGAAGUUGUGGAUGUGUGCCUUGGCCUGCAGCAUCUCCAUGGCUAUAUUCCUGCUGUACAAAGCCCAGACCACAGGUGUUCUGGCUCUCUCACUAACAUUCUCCAGGAAAGCUUCACUGCAUACUCGGAGGACAAUGAAUCCGGCAGGGGAAGCAAAGCAAGAUCCAUCAGUAUGAGUCUGGACCAGUCAAACAGACACUGUAACAUGGAGCAUCACAACCAUCUGUCCAAUAACAAGAUCAGUCGGCCGAGAAUUUCUCAGUUGGUUUGUGGAAUCAACAUGAUUAACAGUACCAAUGAGCUACAGGCUGUCUCUGAAAGCCCGCAUCAAAAAUUCAACCAAAUGUUUAAUGAAGUACCACUAAAUCACCAAGUUUUUCAGGCCUCUUGUAAUCGGCUCGAGCACAUUUCUAAUAACGGAAGAGAGGAUCUGCUAAAUUUUGAACAAAAUGGAUUUGCUUUUACUUGUGUAAACUCAUCUGGCUACGGUCUGACCCAGGACACCUCUGCGGCGAGUGGAAAUCACCCUCCUUCCUUCUCUGUUCCGGUUGGCAUCUAUGACCGUUGCCUCAGUCAGAUCUGCUCUCUGUAGCUGGAAAAGUAAGCACCAGGUUUGAUCUGCCAGGGAACAGUGAUUUGUAAAGUGUGGGGGACAUGAAGGCAGGGGUCCUUGAGAAAGUAAAACUAAAUGAAAAUUCUCUAUCUCUACACUGUGUUGGGGCCACAUCCUCUGUCUGAGAUUCCUCAAGCAGUGAGUCAGAGAUAAGACUGUCUCUGUAAAUGAUGGCGGCGCUGAAAUUCCUCUGCUUCGGCACUGAUGUUGUAGCUUGUUUCUGCAUAGACACUGUGCUUUUCUAUUUGCCUAGAGUGUUGAGGAGGGAUGCUGUUUACAUUGAGGUGGUCACAUGACACCAUUUGUAAUGUCAUUUUGUUGUAUUUUUCAUAUAUGUGUUGCC